GGGAGACUGUGGCAAGGAGACAGGAAUAGGAACUUUAAGUUGACUUUUUUAAAAAUAUAUUUGUAGUUGUAGAUGGACAUGAUACCUUUGUUUUAUUUAUUUUAUGUGGUGCUGAGGAUCGAACCAGUGCCUUACACAUGCUAGGCAAGCGCUCUGCCACUGAGCUACAACCCUAGUCCCAUGAAGUUGACUUCCUGACUUGUGGUCUGUGUGAAAUCCUUGGGUUACCAACCUUCACCUGGUCAGUGCCAUGGGAGCUGGUCCCUAAGUAUGUUUGGUGAAAACACUCCAUUCAUCACCUUGGGUGACUGACUGGCAGAAACUGACCUAGGCUCAGUCUCUUAACAGCAGGCACUACUAGCUUGCUGGGGAAUAAAGGCCACAUUAUGGGCUCAAGGGUUCGUGACUUGCUGGACCCCUGGUUCAGCCCAUUCAUAGUCCUGAAGCCUUAGUGUUGGCUUAAGGUGAGGCAGCUAGUUGUAAUGCUGUGGAGAUUGCUGGUUAGCAGAGGCUGCCCAAACCUCGAGCUCUCUUUCCUUAGAGGUUACUAGUGGCAUGGAUACCACUAUGGACUGGCUACAGCACUACAUCAGUAUAUUACCCACCAGAGUCCCUUGAGAUGGGUGUUAACCUAUCCUCAUUUUACAGGUAGGAAACUGGUGUAGAGAUAAGUACCUUGCCCAAGGACUUCCCCCCAGAGUAAAUAAGACUACCUCAAGGACUGCUAACGCAGAAAACUGCCUUCUAACAGGGAAGUCAGCACAUGGCAGCCAAAUUGUCAGACUUUUUAAAGGUUCCCCCCCUUAAUAUAAAAGAUGUACUUAUGGGGGGGGGGUGAUUGCAGUAGAAAAUAAUCCUACCACCAGAAUUCUAUACAUUUACUGCCAUUUGAAGCCAGAAGCAGUGUGGUGAAGACUAAAAGUGACCUGACAACAUUGAGGCUGGUGGGGCGGGGAAGGGAGCGUGUUCUAAGUUUCUCAGUAUUUGCCCUGACUUGUUGAAUUUUUGCUCUUGUGCCCUCUCAUGUGGCUAGGAUUGGGUAGUUUUUCAUGAGCUCUCUAGCUCUCCUUCAGAACCCCCUCAUCCAUCUGACCAACAGUAGCUUCAUUCUUUUAUACUCCAUCUUCUAUGCCUUUACCAUCAACAGCCCCUGCCCUGUCCUGAAGUCAGCUGUUAACCCCCUCCCAUCCAUUCCAUGUUUUGCUCCAUUAAUCUUUGAAGGAUCAUAAUUAGAAAUCUGAGCCUCUUUGUUUUGCUAUCCAGGGAAUGCCCAUAGUACCUACUUGCCAGGCUAGCUGUGACAACUAGAGAUAAUGAAUACAAUACACUUAGCAGGCACUGCCUCACUACACUAGGGUGUAAUUGUAUUGCUACUCUGCUUCAGGACCUUGCUGGUGCCCCAUACGUAGGAUAAUCAAGUGGGCAUGCUUACUUAAUCUAGUUUCACAAUUCAGAUUGGGACAGGCUGGCUACUGACAUUCACUGCACUCCAGGAUCUGUCUCUAAUAUGCAGGGACAGCCUGGUGCCAUUGAGCACACUUUUGGCUCCAGGCAAGGACGCUACUUGCUGUUUCCCUGCUCCUCUCUGCCCUCCAGCUCACCUUUCAAAAUGUGUACAGGUCAUACUAGGGAUCCAGAGGCACCAAUUAGUCAUUAGCCCUUACCCAGAGUGCCCCAGUUAUCCCACUGCUUCAGACUUACAGGAGAGGUUCCAUUUCCAGACAUUUCAGCAUUACGUAGUGGAUAAACACUGAAGUCCCCAGGUAUUGCUAAACCCAAGGGUCACCAUGGAGACGUUGGCCAGUGCCUGACAGCCUUGCCUUUCUUUCCUUGAGUGGCCGGGACCUGACUAACUGAGGGACUUGAGGGCGGCUAAGUGGGUAAGCUCACUGAAGACUGCUUCCAUCUAGAAAGCCAGGCUCCUUCAUGUCCGGACACGAAAGUGCUUCAGGCCCCUCUGCCUCCAGACCCUCUGUUGGAGGAGGGGCUUCGCUAGGCCAGAGUUGUGCGGGUCUUCGAUCCAGCUCCCUGAGGGCACGCGCUGUGGGAUGGGACUGCGACCUGGCUCCUUUCCGCCUUCGGGGUUUUUACAGGCUUUGGUCCCUCAGCCCGGGGGACUGGGGAGGCUCUGGCUCAGGCGCCCUCUCCGGGUCGGGGUCGCGUGCACCCUCCCCAGCCUGCUACCCGCAGGGGCACUCUCCCCUGUCCCCGCCCCUGGCGUGGGCCCGCCCUCGCGCCUGUGUCACGGCGGGCCGGGGGCGGAGAGCGGCCGGGCGGGACAUCCGGCCCUGGUCCCUUGCUGCGCCCGCCCGCCGCCUGCUCCGGUGCCUCAGCCGGGGAGCCGGCACCCUGGUGGGCCGGGGCCGCCCGCCAGCUCUUCCCUUUCCCGGCCUUCGGGUCUCUGGGGCCCAAACCUUCCUCUUGCCCCCAACCCGAGCUCGCCUCCCCGGCAGCGCUCGGAUGGGCCCAGCCUUCGCAGGCCCCCACACCGGGAGCACCAUGUUCCCCCGCCCACUGACCCCGCUGGCGGCCCCAAAUGGCGCCGAGCCCCUGGGCCGGGCGCUGAGGCGGGCCCCCUUGGGCAGAGCCCGGACCGGGUUGGGGGGACCGCCCCUGCUGCUGCCGUCCAUGCUGAUGUUUGGCGUGAUCGUGGCCUCCAGUGGGCUGCUGCUCAUGAUCGAGCGGGGUAUCUUGGUGGAGAUGAAGCCCCUUCCCCUGCACCCUCCCAGCCGCGAGGGCGCGGCCUGGCGCGGGACAGUCCCAAAGUCUGGAGGGCUGUCCCUGGAUUCUGGGGACUCGGACUUGCAAGUUCGGCAGGACGUCCGGAACCGGACCUUACGGGCAGUGUGUGGACAACCUGGCAUGCCCCGGGACCCCUGGGACUUGCCGGUGGGGCAGCGGCGCACCCUGCUGCGUCACAUUCUCGUAAGUGACCGCUACCGGUUCCUUUACUGCUACGUCCCUAAAGUGGCCUGCUCUAACUGGAAGCGGGUGCUGAAAGUGCUGGCAGGUGUCCUGGACAGCGUGGAUGUCCGCCUCAAGAUGGACCACCACAGUGACCUGGUGUUCCUGGCAGAUUUGCGACCUGAGGAGAUUCGAUACCGCCUUCAGCACUAUUUCAAGUUCCUAUUUGUGCGGGACCCCUUGGAACGCCUCCUCUCUGCAUACCGCAACAAGUUUGGCGAGAUCCGAGAGUACCAGCAACGCUAUGGAGCCGAGAUCGUGAAGCGGUACAGGGCUGGAGCUGGACCCAGCCCAGCAGGUGAUGAUGUCACCUUCCCGGAGUUCCUGAGAUACCUGGUGGAUGAGGAUCCUGAGCGUAUGAAUGAGCAUUGGAUGCCUGUGUACCACCUAUGCCAACCUUGUGCAGUGCGCUACGACUUUGUGGGCUCCUAUGAGAGGCUGGAGGCCGAUGCCAACCAGGUGCUGGAGAGGGUCCGGGCCCCACCCCAUGUCCGAUUCCCAGCUCGCCAGGCCUGGUACCGGCCUGCCAGCCCUGAAAGCCUGCACUAUCACCUGUGCAGUGCCCCAUGGUCCCUGCUGCAGGACGUGCUACCUAAGUAUAUCUUGGAUUUCUCUCUCUUUGCCUACCCACUGCCUAAUGUCACCAGGGAAGCUUGUCACCAAUGACAUUGGAUGCAGGGCCAGCAGCUUCUGGGGGCUGGUAUUGACAAUUCCAGCUUCUUGUGCUUCUGCUUGCCUUUCAGAAAAACCUUGACUCUGGGGCUUGGGGCUUCUCUAGAUAUGUGGACGUCAGGGGCUGCUCUCAGGAGUUCUUUGCCUAGAGUGGGUGCCUAGAGUGGCUCAGAAGGCAGAUUUUGACAGGAAGCCUGCUGCUUCCCAGCGGGGGAACUCUUGGAGGCCAGAAUGAUCCUUACUCUGGCAGAGCCAGACACCAGUUUCCUCAUGAAGAAAUACAUCUGAUCUAAAUACCGGCCCCAGGCCUCCAGGAAUUGUACAGUUCCUGGUCCACCUUAAUUUUACCUGUGGCCAACCCCAGAUAUGACACCAGCAAGGAGCAUGAUCACAGCCAGAGUCCCUGUGGCUCUGACCCCACACUUGUCCAUCCCAUGUGCCUCAGGACUAAAGAGAGGACUUGUGCCUUAUAAAUGGCUUUUGUGCCUUUUUGCUCCAAACCCAGAAGUUCCUACACCUGCUAGAUUUCUUUUCAUUUUUCCACAGAAAGGAAAACUGAAGCAGAGCCUUGCCUCCUAGUUCCAAAACCAGGCCCUGGAGGCAUCCAAAGACCCCUGUGAUAAGCCUCUUCCAAGGGCCCUGGGAACCUCCUCUGUAAUCCUCCCCUCCCUGCAAGGCUUUUGGAGUUGUGACUGUGGCUAGUAUGUCUGGCUGCCACAUUUCUAGUGAAUUUAUUUAAAAUUUGUACUUUUUGAUAGAAUUUUUGUAAGUACCCCCAUAGCUGAAUUUUAAUAAAGCUGUUUUGUAUACAAAGUGA